AUGUCUAAAGCAACGAUGAAUCUACGAUCAAAUGACAAUGCAUCUAAACGUGUUUCUGUUGUGGAUUCCGUUGACAAAGCAAUAACUGAGCAAGGAUGGGGGCCUGCUGCACUGUACGUUUUUGAAGUCAAAAGCAAUUUAAAGUUAUCGCUUGUACUUCGGAUAUCCGGUGCUGUCGUGGAUCUUAUGGACAUUCAGGGAUCAUCUGUUCUUGUCACGUUUGAAGAUGGAUGGGACAUUACUACACAAAACACGGAAUCACUUUAUCAUGCUGUACACGAAGUCGUGGAUCUAAUGGUGUCUGAUUAUUCCUGGCAGUUUUUACUGAAAAAAACUGGAAAAAUAACAAUGCGAAGAUUUUUGAAAAUUAAUACCAAAAAUAUUUUAAAAGAAUCCGAUGAUGAUAUUGCAACCGCAAACAAUUUAUGCGACCGUGGUAAAAGGUAUCUUGAAAUAGGAGAGUUCGACAAAGCAAAACAGUAUUUACAAAAAUCUCUUAAAAUUUAUGAAAAUUUAUAUGGUUUAGCAAAUGUUCACGUUGCUACUGUUUUAGUAAAUCUUCGUGACGUGUGUUAUAAGACUGGAGAUUAUGACCAAGCAAAAGAGUUUUGUGAAAACGCUCUAAUAAUUCGAGAAAAGUUGUUAGGUCCGGAUCAUGUUGAUGUCGCUCAGACUUUAAUAAAUCUCGGUGUGGUGUUUCAUCAUAAUAGAGAAUAUGACAAAGCCCGAGAGCUUUAUGAAAGAGCUCUGAAAAUUCAAGAAAAAUCACGAGAUCAUGCUAGUGUCGUCUAUACUUUAAACAAUAUUGGUGAGGUUAAUUAUCACACUGGAGAAUAUGAUAAAGCCCAAGAGUUAUAUGAACAAGCUCUACAAAUUCAUAACAAAUUGCCAAGCCCAGAUCAUGUUUUGGUUACUUCGACUUUAAACAGUCUUGCCCAAGAGUUUUACGAAAAUGCUUUAAAAAUUCAUGAAAAAAUUCCCGGACCAUAUAAUGUUGGUUGCGCUUCAAUUUUAAACAAUCUUGGUGAGGUGUAUGAGCAUAUCGGAAAAUAUGACAGAGCAAAAAAGCUUUACGAAAAAGCUUUAAAAAUUGAAGAAAAUUCGUUAAGUCCAAGCCCAGUUUCUAUUGACAAGGCAACUAUUUUACACAACCUUGGGAAGAUCUUUAAUCUUACAGGAGAUUAUGAGAAAGCUAAAGAAUUUUAUGAAAGAACUCUGAAAAUUCAAGAAGAAUCGUUAGGAACAGAUCAUGUUGAUGUCGCUAAAACUUUAAUAGAUCUCGGUCCAGAUCAUGCUGAUGUUGCUUUUCUUUUAAGAAGUCUUGGUUUAAUGUAUCAAAAGUCUGGAGAUUAUGACAAAGCUAAAGAACUUUAUGACAAAUCUCUAAAAAUUGAAGAAAAGUUAUUUGGGUCAGAAAAUGUUAGUGUUGCUACUGUUUUAGUAGAUCUUCGUGACGUGUGUUAUAAGACUGGAGAUUAUGACCAAGCGAAAGAAUUUUGUGAAAACGCUCUAAGAAUUCGAGAAAAGUUGUUAGGUCCGGAUCAUGUUGAUGUCGCUAACACUUUAAUAAGUCUGGGCAAUCUUGGUGAGGUUAAUUAUCAUACUGGAGAAUAUGAUAAAGCCCAAGAUUUAUAUGAACAAGCUCUACAAAUUCAUAACAAAUUGCCAAGCCCAGAUCAUGUUUUGGUUACUUCGACUUUAAACAGUCUUGGUGAGGUGUAUGAUCAUAAAAGAGAAUACGACAAAGCUAAAGAGUUCUAUGAAAAAGCUCAUGAAACUAAAAAAAAAUCAAAACGUUCAAGUUAUACUGAUGAUGCCACGAUUUUAAACAAUCUUGGUGUGAUGUAUUUCCAUACUGGAGAAUAUGACAGAGCUAAAGAAUUUUAUGAAAAAGCUCUAGAAUAUCGCAGGAAUCAUCCAGGUCCACAUAAUGCUGAUGCUGCCACAAUUUUAAACAAUCUUGGGAAGGUGUAUGAUCAUACUGGAAAAUAUGAUGCAGCUCAAGAGUUUUACGAAAAUGCUUUAAAUAUUCAUGAAAAAUUUCCAGGACCAUAUAAUGUUGAUUGCGCUUCAAUUUUAAACAAUCUUGGUGAGGUGUAUGAGCAUAUUGGAAAAUAUGACAGAGCAAAAGAGCUUUACGAAAAAGCUUUAAAAAUUCCAAAAAAUUCGUUAAGUCCAAGCCUAGUUUCUAUUGACAAGGCUACUAUUUUACACAACCUUGGGAAGAUCUUUAAUCUUACAGGAGAUUAUGAGAAAGCUAAAGAAUUUUAUGAAAGAACUCUGAAAAUUCAAGAAGAAUCGUUAGGAGCAGAUCAUGUUGAUGUUGCUAAAACUUUAAUAGAUCUCAGUGUGGUGUAUCAUCAUAUUAGAGAAUAUGACAAAGCAAAAAAGUUUAAUGAAAAAGGUCGAAAAAUUCAAGAAAAAUUGCAAUUCCCAGAUCCUGCUUUUGCAUCUCUAUUAUCGCUAUAUUCUGGUUUAGAAAGUCUUGGUUUAAUGUAUAAAAAGACUGGAGAUUAUGACAAAGCUAAAGAACUUUAUGUUAAAUCUCUAAAAAUUGAAGAAAAGUUAUUUGGGUCAGAAAAUGUUCGUGUUGCUACUGUUUUAGUAGAUCUUCGUGACGUGUGUUAUAAGACUGCAGAUUAUGACCAAGCAAAAGAGUUUAGUGAAAACGCUCUAAGAAUUCGAGAAAAGUUGUUAGGUCCGGAUCAUGUCGAUGUUGCUAAGACUUUAUUAGGUCUUGGCAAUCUUGGUGAGGUGAAUUAUCACACUGGAGAAUAUGAUAAAGCCCAAGAGUUAUAUGAACAAGCUCUACAAAUUCAUAACAAAUUGCCAAGCCCAGAUCAUGUUUUGGUUACUUCGACUUUAAACAGUCUUGGAGAUUAUGAGAAAGCCAAAGAAUUUUAUGAAAGAACUCUGAAAAUUCAAGAAAAAUUGCUUAGUACGGAUCAUGUUGAUGUUGCUAAUACUUUGAUAAAUCUCGGUGUGGUGUAUCAUCUUACUAGGGAAUAUGACCGAGCGAAAGAGUCUGAUCAAAAAGUUUUAAAAAUUCAAGAAAAAUUGCCAGGUAUAGUUUAUGUCGAUUUCGCAACGAUUUUGAAAAAUCUUGAUUUGGUUUAUGAUCAUGUUGAAGAAUAUGAAAAAGCUAAAGACUUUUUAGAAAAAAAAAUGGGUAUUCGAAAAGAAAUGAUAGGUCAAAAUCCUGUUGAUGUGGCUGCAACUUUAAAUAAUCUUGGUAAAAUGUUUAAAAAAAAGGAAGAGUAUGACAAAGCUAAAGCGUCUUUUGAGAAGACUAUGGAAAUUCAAAAAAAAUCACAGGGUCUUGAUGAUGUUGAUGCAGCAAUAACUUUAAACAACCUUGGUUUUACGUUUCAAAAAACUGGAGAGACUUACAAAGCUAAAGACUUUUAUGAGAAGGCUUUAAAAAUUCAAAAAAAUUUUCUAGGUCCAUGUCAUAUCGAUGUUGCUAUGACAAUGCAUAAUCUUGGUGUGAUGUAUCAUGAAACCAAAGAAUAUGACAAAGCUAAAAAGUGGUAUGAAAACUCCUUACAAAUUCGAAAAAAAGUGCUGGGCUUAGACCAUUUAGAUGUCGCUUUGACUUUACACGAUCUUGGUGUGGUGUAUCAUGAAACUAGAGAAUAUGACAAAGCUAAAGAUUUUCACGACAAUUAUUUGAAAGUUAAGAAAAAAGUAUUCAGUCCUGAUCAGGUUGAUCUUGCUGAAACUCAAGCUAAUUUAGAUCCGCCCCUGAUGACUGAUAAUGCUGCUGAUGCUAAACCACAGCCAAAGUCACUUCCAGCUUUAAGUGCUAUUGGUGUUGAUGCUGAGCCACUUUCAACUUCACAUGGUUUAGAUAAGAUAACACAAGAGAAGCCACGGAUUAAUCAAUUUCUGUUGGAAUUAAUGGGAGAAGUUACAAAUAAAUGGAGAGAUUUGGCAAUCUUUCUAAACAUUAAAUUUGCAAAAAUAAAUGAAAUUAAAUCAAACGAGGAUGACGUGGUCUGGAGAGGAUUUACUAUGCUAAAGUAUUGGUUUCAAUCUCGAAAUAAUCAACAAGAGUGGUUUAAAGAGGUAGCUGCUGCUUUAGGCCGUAUGGAGAACAGUGCAUUGCAACAAAAUGUUUUAUCAAAAGGUCCAAAUGUCGAAUUGGGAUGA